UACACUAAUGCAUGUGUAGGUUGAGUAACCCGUACCUUCCUAAUUAAGCUGCAUGAUAAGUAAUUUGAAAAAAACUUGGAAAGAUUUGAAUAUUUAGUAACUUAUACUCAUACGUACCCCGUGUUGUUUGAAUUGAUGGCUGCUACGAUUUAAAAUAUGAUUCGAUCUAAUGGCUUGGUUAGCGAAGUGGUUUACACAAUCAUAGUGCUUCCAGUUUAUUUAUUUAUAGGAAUUUCUGGAAGUUACGUGGUGUUUUUGUUACCUCAAUUGGAUCUUCCAGGCUCUAAUAUUCAUCUUAAUGACGAUCAAAAGUCAUGGAUUGCGAGCUCAAUACAACUGUUAUCCUAUUUUGGCUGUCUUUUCUCCGGAACAAUCCAGGACUUAUUUGGAAGAAAAGUGUACUUCUUCCUUGUAUUCAUACCUCAAAUAAUUUCAUGGAUUGUUGUGGCUUUAGCGACCAACUACGAUACAAUGCUUUGGGGAAUGGUUAUCCAAGGAAUUAGCUUAGGAAUGAGUUUCACUGCAAGUACCUACUUAUCAGAAAUCGCUCUAACAGCGCACAGAGGAGCUAUUCUAGGUUCCUUACCAAUAACUUACAAUUUGGGUGCAAUGGUAUGCAACUCAUUGAUGUACUACGUUUCAUGGAACAUCGCAGCGUGGAUCUUUGCAAUCACUUCGGCGAUGUCAAUGUUUCUCUUGUUAUUUAUACCUGAAUCUCCAAUAUGGUUGUACAAUAAGGGUAAAAAAGAGCGCGCCAUUCGAACUCUUUGCUCGCUUCGCGUCUCAGACAUUCAUAAAGUACAAGGCGAAAUAGACGAUAUGCAAAAAUCCAUCGACGGCAAACCGAAACUUACCUUAACGAGAGUUUUAAUAGAAAUUCUGAAAAGUUGGAAACCUCUUCUUAUUGUAGUUGUUUUACAAUCCCUAAUGCAAAACACCGGUUAUACGAUAUUAUUCAGCUAUACAAUUCUGGUCUUCGAACGAUUACAACUACCAAGCCUAGAGGGAGGCAAAUUCGCCAUCGUUUUCGCCUUGUCUGGUGUCAUUGGUUCGAUAUGUACGCCUUUUUUGAUGUACAAAUUGACUCGUAAGACUCAAUUGAUACUAUCAUCGCUCGUUAUGGCAAUAUGUAUAAUCGCAGUUGUAGUAUACGAGGAAAUUUUCCUCCACGCGAGUAAUAAGCCGUUUCCAUACGUCGUACCUGCAGCACUGUAUGUGUUUUCAUUCGCUUGUAACGCUGGUGCAAUGCCAAUAGCGUACACAAUCGGAGCUGAAAUUUUCCCAGGUGAAGUUCGAGGAACAAUCAACGGAAUUUUUGGAGUUAUAUGGCAUAUAAAUUGGACCCUUAUUGUGAAAUUUUAUCCCAUGGUGGUUAAUAUUUUCGGUAUAAAAAUAAUUCUAUGGGCUUGCGCUGUGUUUUGUCUGACUAUCAUCUUAUUUGGUAUAUGGUUCUUACCGGAAACCAAAGGUAAGACAUUGAAUCAAGUACAAGAGCAAUAUUUUAAAAGUAAGAAGAAAACAAAUCCGGAUAAUGUUGAUUCUGGCCAUUCUCUUAGGCGUGAUGUGAACCUUUAAUAAAUUAAGAGUCAUGUUUUAUACUUACUUAAUUAUGUUCAUAUUUUUAUGAUUAAAAACAUUUGUAAUUCUAUUUCAAGUUUUCCUCGUGUGCAUUGUUUCUUUCUCCUAUUGAAAAUAUUUUUCCAAAAUUCUGUGAUUUUUAAAAACAUUGGAAUAAAUUGAAAUAAGUCCUUGA